GUGGGAGUGUUGCUGAAGGGCGCGCGGCGGGAAGAACUGCGCCGCGGAAUGGUCUUGACAGUCCCUGGAAGUCUUCGGGGCUGCAUGCGUUUUAAAAGCGACAUUUACGUUUUAAGUUCCGAAGAAGGAGGCCGCAAAAAGCCCUUCUUCUCCCACUACAGGCCCCAACUCUUCCUCCGCACUGCGGAUGUGGCGGCUACUGUUGUGCUUCCUGAGGGCACUGAAAUGGCAAUGCCCGGGGACCGCCUGAGCGUGGAGAUGCGGCUGGAGCAGCCGCUGGCUUUGCAGCCGCAGCUGCGCUUUGCGCUGCGGGAGGGCGGAAAGACUGUGGCGGCGGGAGUGGUCACUGAAGUCCUCGAUUGA